UUCAUUGACUGAUUGACAAUCAAAUUUCUGAACGAAACGAAACGUACUUCGUCGACUGCAUUGCAUCAAAAGACCACAUAUUUCGGUGUUUUGCUGAUAUUUUUUCAAUUUUACUAAUGUGUACGGUGUCCUAGUUAGUUAUGGGACGUUAACGACAAGUUAUAUAUGCUACGUAAGUUCAUUAAUAGUGGAAUAGUGGGUGUGUAGCGGGGGCUGUUGAUGUGUCCAUUGAUGGGUCGCGGUCGGUGAAUGUUGUUUACGGUUCGGUGUGAGUGCGUCGCAGUAGAGGCGCAGGGGGCGGCGGCGCGAUGCACGAGCUACUGAAGCAUGUGCUGACGGAGCGGGACCUCACCCGCGCCGGCGACAUCUUUGCGAUCCCAGACGCUGACAUCGUCGACGAUCUCAACGAAGUGUUGAAACAAAUAACGGAGAUUUCUUCACGGCCGGACUACUGUCGGAACGACCGAGACCAGGCUCUGAUAGAGAUAUGUGUUGCGAGAGUUACAUCAUGUGUGAAGGAGACAAGCACCCUGGACAAGUACUGUGGAGCCCUCGUGGCACUGCUGGAGUCCUGCUUACACCACAACCUGAUGCCACUCGGACACCUCCGGGAUGAUGAUCCACCUCAUGCUAAGAUUGCUUCGGAUAUUAUAGCAUGCAUUGUUUUGGUAUCAUUCCCCCUGCAGUCCGACAAAGAGAACUACGCGAACAAGAGCGUGAUGGAACUCUUCCUGCCGGUAGCCGUGCAGUUCCUACACAAGGGCAACCGCGAGAUCUCCCGGCACAUGGCGCGCUACCUGUCCCUCGCGGCGGUGCACCAUGCCGUGCUGCUGAAGCCGCAUGUGCAGACCAUCAUGGACUCCAUCAUGUCUGGUAAUUAUCCCCUCUGCCGAAUCUUAACGAACUUAUACGAAGUGUCUCCGGAGCCGCUCGAAGGCCACGCCCCCGCGCUGGUGUCGCUCCUCCCCCACGCGGAGCCCGUGGAGAAGAGCUCGUUAUUCGCGCUGUUCGAGCACAUGGCGGCGAGGAAGCCCGAAGCGCUGAAGACUUGCGUGCCGCAGUUGUUGUCGUACCUGUGUCCUAAUACUGCCAGUCAGAAUGACCCGGGGUGUAUGUGUGUCGAUAUAUUGCAGGUGAUAGCGUGCCUGAGCCGCAGUCGCGUGUCGCUGGUGCUGGAGCACUCGGCCGCCGUGCGUCGCGCCGCCCGCCCGCCGCACGCCGCGCCGGCAGCCGUCACGCGAGCCGCCAACAUACUGACGCAGCUCGGAUAUACCAGUCGGGAGCGUGCACAAGAGGCGCUGAACUUCGUGGUAUCAGUGCUGUCGGUGGGCGAGCGGGGACAGCAGGCGGCGCUGCUGCGCGACGCCACGUCGCUGUGCUCCGCCUUCCCCGCGCUCUUCACCGACAACCUGCUCACCGCCGUAAGGGCCAACACCGGGAACCGUCCAAAAUCUGGGUCAAGUCAGAGCGAAGUGAACCGAACGUCUACGGGAAUUACCAUCGUACGACUUGGCGGCAGUCAGACACCAGCGAACACGACCAGUGCUGCUGCUACCAGUACCACGAGUGGCAAUACCACCAGUGCUAACAGUGCGACGAAUGCUGCGGGGGCGGGGCCUACAGCAGCGCAGGGGGCGGGGCCGGGGGCGGCGCCGGGCGGGUACGCGCGACGAGCUAAGCUUGGGGAUUCGCGCAGCACGGGCCGCCUGCAUCCCGGCCCCGCCCCGCACCGCAGCAUGACACGGCUUAACGUUGCAGGUGGUUCAGUAGGCGGUCUUCACAAAAGUAUGACGCGGUUGUCAUCGUCCCAGCAAAUUAAUACGCCGCCGAAUGGGACUACUAAUACAGUAUCGAACAGCAAGCCGUCGUCGUCGUCUAGCGGCGUGGUGGGCAGGUCGAGCGGCGCCAUCACGGUGACGAGCAUCUCUCCCCCGCGGGUGCUGCGCCCCACGCCGCGCUCGCACCAUCACCAUAAUAUACUGAUCGGAGCACCCACUACCACUAACAACCAAACAAUAAUAUCAGGGCCGCCUCUAGCAACACAGUCAAUAUCCGUGAACCCGCUCACAUCAGGCAAGUCAUCAGACGGUCUCACACCUAUCACGUCAUCCGUGUCGAUCCAGCACUCGAACACCGCGCUGGGCACGGUGUCAGUGGUGACGUCAUCCGCACAGCCCGGCUCCGGGCCCAUCGCCGUCAGUCCGUCCAGCCCCGUCGCCAUCUCCGGGCCGGUGACGGUGACGUCACGCCGCGCCAACAACACCAGCGUCACCAUGAUCAACACGAACAACGGCACGAGCGCGUCCAACCACCGCAUCAGCGUGUUCGAGCCCUACCCCAUGCGCGACACCGUGCAGCACUUCUGCGAGAAGCACCUCGACAAGAUCAAGGCGUACAUGGACAACGUGUCGCUGCGCCUGCCGCCGCCCGCCAAGUGCACCAUCGAGGAGCGGCGCAGCAAGAAGCAGGCGCGGCUGCAGUUCGCGUGCGGGCGGCGCGGGCUGCACUGCCUGUACGCGCGCGCGCUGUUCUCCAUGCGCACGCGGGCGCCGCGCGUGUGGAUCCACCUCAUGUUCCUGGCGCUGCAAGCCAGGCAUGAUGCGGCCCUGUCCUCCCGCGACCCCACCGUCGCCUCGCUCAAGCACUGCUGGGACAUCCUCAAGUGCGAGAACAAGACCUUCCUCACGCUCGUCACCGGCGCCUUCCCCGGCAUCAAGGAACAAGAGAUGUUGCUGAACGAGUUACGGGCAGCAGGCUUCUUCGACGUGUUCGAAGUGGUGGCGCGACGGAAUGACGGCGCCGCUCUGCCGCCUACACAGGCGACGUGGGGCUGCUUCCUGUGCACGCACCCGGAGCGCGCGGUGGGGUUCCUGGCGGCGGACGGCGCGCCCGUCAUCGAGGGCCAGCUCAAGGAGAAGAAGGGACGCUGGCGCCUCUUCCGGCGCUGGCGGACUCGGUACUUCACGCUCUCCGGAGCACAUCUAUCCUGCAAGGGAUCCAGCGGCGGCGAAAGCAUCGACAUAAACCAGAUUCGUUCGGUAAAAGUAUCCCGCGGUGCCAGAAACAUCCCGAAAGCAUUCGAGAUCUUCACGGGAGACCAGACACUUAUCCUGAAGCCUAAGGACGGUAAGAACGCGGAGGAAUGGGUGCAGUGCCUCAGUAUUGCAGUUGCACAUUCGCAAGCGAGAGAUGCACCGGCCAAGGCUAACAGCUUGCCUGCGAGAGGACUCACGCUCAAGAGCUUCUAGUUCAUUUGAAGUCGGUAAGUAAUAUACAUGUUCAGAAUUGAGCAAAAAACAUUAGCCAAUAGCUUUCUAGCUAGUAUUUUGUAUAAAAUAUUCAUAAUAUUAAACAUUAAAGCGCUGUAUUUAUAUAGGCUUUACAGAUGUUCAUCUUUGCUCAAAACGUGUAUUGCAAAAGGUACGGAAUUAUUAUAUUGCUAUGGGACAUUCCGUGUGACAUGGUUCCCAGAAAACAAAAGUUGUAAACUUGCUCAUUUAUUUUCUGCCUGUAUUAUAAAACUAUAUUAUAUGUUUAUAAGUAUUCAAUAAAAUAUAUAACAGCCAUAUACAAUAAAUACAUAUGAAAUGGACUGAAAAUAAGACUUGUAUAGAAACAUGCAUUUGUAUACAUAUUGCUAUUAUAUACAUGUAAAAUUGUUAAGUAGCAUAGUAUGUAUAUUGCUGAUAUAAGUUAGAUGUUUUGAAAUGCAUAAUGUUCAAAGUAUUAGCAACAAUUAUAAUAUCAAUGUAAGAUAAGAAAGUUUCAAAUAAAGUAAGGCGGGUGACAUACUGGCAGUCUAAUCGUAAUUUGAAAUUAGAACAUAGAGGAGGCUGCCCCCCACUCACUCUGUCAUAGUCGAUGGUUGCUGCAUACAGUCAUGUAAAUAAAAUAAAUGAAAAUGCUCACAAAGUAUAAUAAGUUUUAGAAUAUUUAACCACAUUCCUACUUAUAUCGGGAAUGAUACGAGGUUAUUUUAAGACUUUUUUUAUAUUCGUCCUUAUUUAUAUGACAUUAUUAAAAGUAGUGUUCCAAGAUAUCCAUACAUUGUGUGUUCUACUUAGUGUUCUGUUGUAGUGGUAUGUAAAAUUGCUUUUACGGUACUCAGAUUCAUAAAAAAUGCCGAUAUAGAAAUUAAAUAAAUACGCUAUAUCGUGUUCAUGGUUGUAUAAAAUGGCAUCAACUUAAUUUACACAUUAUGCUUUGAUAAAAAAUCUAUAAUCGUUUUGUAAGUUAGAUAUUGUUAGGUAUGACAUUUGAUGAAAAAAAAAACAAUUGAGGCACAAAAAAUACCGCUAAUAUUGUAACUUUUUGCUUCGAAUUGCACAUUUGAGGUCAAAGAAGGAUAACUUGUUUUCAAUCAUCUAAUUUGUAUAAUGAGUAGGUAGUGCCUUAUAUUUCGUAAGAGUUUGUUUUAUUGCGCUUAAAGUACAAUGAACAUUUACAAUUUUGUGUAGUUGUAGAUAUUAUGCAGAAAUGAGCGGAAAUAGGAAACAAAGUUAUUUAGUUGUGUAGGCACUUUUGUUUAGUUGAGUAAGUGGGACAUAUUUCACAUAAUUAUUAUGGAAUCCGUCCGUUUCAUUGGAAGAAUAAUUGUGACCGGCUUGCACAACAGAAAGUAAACUUAAAACAUCAUGCUUGUGUUGCUAUAGAUGAAAAUAUACAUAUACAGUAAUUAUAUGUCCGAGUUGUUGUAUAAGCCGGCCUUAACAUAGACGAAGAUGAGCGAUGUACUCACGAUCGCUGUAAUCGAUAAAACGUUUAUUACUUCAAUAAAAAUCGAAUAAAAACGUUUGAAUAGAGCUUAAUGUUUUUUGCAACAUUGUAUUGAUGGACCUACGUUUUUAUAACAAGUUAUGAGUGAAACUCGUAUCUAAUUCGUAACCUUUUUAAAGUUUUUUUAAUAAUAAACAAUAAGUUAUAAGAUUUUUGACAAAUUCGAGAUUUUAUAAAGCUAGAAGACUGAAAGCUGGUCAAUGGUCAUAGCUACUUAUUUUUUCAUGUGUGAGACUAAUACAACACUACUACUUACAUAUUUUAUGAAUCCUUGUGUGAAGGCCAAAACUAAUAUUGAUUGAAGUUUGUAACUGGAAUAAGUCCAGUAGUUUAGGUAAGGAUGGUUGUCAUCAGCUAAUAUUAAUGUUUUGUUUAAUGUUUGUGAUUCAAAAUUAACAUUCCCGUCCUUUUCAGUGCUUCGAAAUAAUAAUAAAAUUAUUAUGUACUGUUGUGGUCUCAAAAAUCAUUAUAAAUGGUUGUAACGCGAAUGACAUUAGUCUUAAGUAGGUUUAAGUUGACUAAUUACAAAAGGGGAGAGAGACCAGAAAAACAUGAGAACUUUUAAUUAAAAUUAACGAACUUCUCCCUCGAAGAUUAUUUUAAUUUCUAAUUGUAAACCAGUACUUAACUUGCCAUUUCGCAUUUUAUGAAAGCACAAUAUUAUUACCAUUUGAAUAACUUAGUCCAUAGUUAAGCCUGCUUGAUAUACACUUAAGUUAACUGUCACUGUCUAAACCUGAGGUUGCUAUCACCAAAAAGUCAAGUGUUCAUUGGUAAACCAAAUUGUUUCUUUUGUUAGGUAUUAUGUUUAAUGCUAUGUAACAUAACACUAGCUUGUUUUGGGGCUCAAUAUUGAAGAAAACUCCGACUUUCACAUAAAGAAUGCUAUCAGAGUGCGGUUUUAAUCAAAUGGAAUAGCUUAAUGUCUUCUAAAAUGUGUAACAUUUGUAGAAAUACUUUUCAUCAGUAUUGGGCCCUCAUUUGUGCUUAUAGGUGCUUCAAGGUAAAUAACAGAUAUUAACUAAAUCAAUAACGUCCAUUAUACAAGUUAUAAACGAUAAUUAUUUAGAUGUAAAUAUAUUGUAUUGUUAUCUAAUUGAAUCAGAUUUUAUUGAUGAAUCGCCUGAAAUCGCCACCGAAUUUAAAUGAAAUUAUUUAAUGUACCUAUUACGUACGCAAUUGACUACAAAACUAAAAAUAAAUCUUGAUACGAUUAUAUUUGGUACAGUUUGUAGUAAUUAUCUCCACUUGUAUGUAUAAAGGUAAUUGUUAUAUCAACAUGUAUACUGCCCAGUAAAUAAUAUAAGAAUUCUUAUGAUCAAUCAUUCAUAAUGUUUUAUGUACACAUAUUGUUAAGUCAGUGUGAAGAGUCCAUUAUUAUACAGAUUUGUAGUACUCUACAUCGCGUGAUAUAUUCUCGUCAAGUCAUUCUAUAAAACUAAAUACACAUUUAAACUUGUAUGGAAACAAUACAAAUGCCAAAAUUAUCGAAUUUAUGAAGUCUUAGCGUUCAUAAAAGUUGCAAAUAGUAUUUUGUUGUUUGCUCAAGUAUUAUCGCACCUUAUUAUAUAACAUGGUCUUAUACCUUUAGUGCUAGGUUUAAUCCAUUAACUUUCUUUGUGUUAACGGUUUAAACCUAGUACUAAAGGUUGUACUUUUCUAAGACCAUGUUUUAAAAUGAUGAGUGUAGAGUGCUACCUUUCUACCGAUAGUUUAAGAACAUACAGUUGCCAAAAUAAAUUAUAAUAACAUAGCUUCUAUAGCCAAUAUAAACAAUUGUACAUACAAAUAUUUAUAUGAAACAUGUUGAUUAAGUUUAAGUGUUUCGGACAACUUAUGAACUUGGUGCUACAGUAAUAGAUCGUAACGUAGUUGAGCGCUUCCAGUGCGUCAUGCGAUCUAAACGUUUUGGCUCGUGUACUUAAAACUGCCCUAUUUAUUAGUUAUUACAAUAGUUGUUUGUAA